AUGGCUGGUGGGAAUACCAUAGAUCCAUCACUUGUAAAGGUUUCCUGUAAUUGGACACUUAUUUCUGGUUGCCCAUUGGACAAAGCUUUAAUUUUUGCUAACGCCGAUCCAGAUGUCUUUCAAAGACCUACAAACGACGAUCUCGUCGAUCAGGAUCGAGCAGUAUUGCUAAAUAAAACCAGCGAUGAUUCAGAAUAUUGCGAGUUGGAUAUACAAGUAUAUCCAGAAUACAAAAUUCAGGCAUUUUCAAUCGUCUGUAGCGUCGAUAAAAUAGAGAUAUUUCAAGGCCUGGCAAAAGAAUAUUUUGAAACUAUAUACGGUGAAAUACUAAUGGAUGAAGAUUAUAUGGACGAUCAAUUAAAAACAUAUCGCUUCGAUGUGGAAUUACAAAAAUCUGGAAUAACACGACUGACAAUUAAGACUGCUCCCAAUCCCAGGGGAAUAACAACUCUUAUACCAAAUUCGGACGAAAAUGCCACAAGUGAGUUGACCAAUGUAGAAAAAAGUAAACGUUUACUUGAGUUGUUGGCCCAGUCGAAAACCCUUAAAGAAAACACACAACAAUUUGAGAAUAUGAAUAUUGCUGAAAGUGAUAGAAGUGCAAUUUCAAUACAAGAUUACAUUGACAAAAGGUUGAGUGAAGUGGAAGAGCGUAUAAAUCAACGUUUGGAUCUUAUGGAACAGCGGCAAAUGUCAGUCCUUAAUCGCUUGUUAGAAAAAUUAGAAUCUAUGUGA